GUUCGUUGUUUUAGUAAACCUUUGUGUCUUCGUUGCUUAUUUCAGCUCUUACUUUGGCCUGUCGAGGACAAGGAUUUUCAGAGCUCAUCAGUGGCAGAGAGAUGGGACAAGAGCUGGCUCUCCAUGCCCAGUUGCUUGAAGCCAUUUCACUGUGUUGGAGUUUCACAUAAUGGAUAUCUCAAUAUUUAUUGCAACUCCAGUAAACCACAAGCAGGCAAGAGCUGUGUGCAAUUGAGCAUUUUCCAACGCGCCCAAGAGCUGCUACGAGUGGACACCCAAGAGCAGCAGGCUUUGAACUCUUCUGAUAAUGAGAACUCAAGGAGCUUUUUAAUGGUGACUUCAGGGAGAGGCAUCACAAGGCCCCAAAAAGGUAUGGAUGAGAGGACACCAAAGUGGGAAGGAAAGGAGGAGCAGAAGAAAAUGAUGGAGCCAGUUGCCAGCAUGGAGGAAGCCAAGCAGAACACGACUGUGAAACCACCUUUUGAGCUAGAGGCAAUCAGAAAGACAACAGUGAAAACAACCCUUAGGGUACUGGGAAAGGAGGAGGAGAAAACAACAGUGAGGGCAGCCCAAAGAGUGGAAGAAGCCAAAGAAAAGACAACACUGAAACCAUUUCCUAGGGUGGAGGGAGCCAAGGACGAGACAACAGUGAAACCAUUCACUGUCCUGAAGGGAGCUGAUGAAAACAACCCAUCCACAGACCAAACAAAGGCAAAAGAGCCUCCUGCAGCAGUGCAGACUGCAAGACCUGUGCCUGUAGUGACAGAACAGAAGAAGCUGAGGGCUGCUGACUUCAAGUCUGAGCCACAGUGGGAUUUUGAGGACGAGUACCUGUUGGACACCUCAUCUCCACCAUCGACCUGCUCUGAAUCAGUGAAGGCCAAAGCUGCCAAGUCUGAGUGGCUGCGAGAUCUUUUCCUGCCCAACAUCGUCCUCUUCACAGACAAGAGAUACUUCAGUGACAGUGAGUGGAACCGCCUGGAGCAUUUUGCACCUCCCUAUGGCUUCAUGGAGCUGAAUUAUUCACUGGUGAAGGAGGUCAUGUCCCUGCUGCCCCCAAAUCCCCACCAGCAGCUGCUCCUGAGCAACAGCAACAGCAGCAUGCCAACGUGCAUCAGCUGUGCUGUGGUGGGGAACGGAGGAAUACUGAAUAACUCUGGGAUGGGCCAGGAGAUCGACUCUCAUGACUACGUCUUCCGGGUGAGCGGGGCUGUGAUCAAAGGAUAUGAAAAGGACGUGGGGACAAAAACCUCCUUUUAUGGAUUCACAGCCUACUCUCUGGUGUCCUCUCUCCAGAUCUUGGGACGCAGAGGCUUCAGCCAAAUCCCACGAGGAAAACACAUCAGGUACAUUCACUUCCUGGAGGGAGCUAGGGACUACGAGUGGCUGAAGGCUCUUCUGCUGAACAAGAACAUCAGGAAAGGAUUCCUGAACCACAGGCUGAAGCCCCGGGAGAGGUUUGAUGAAGAUUUCACCAUGGACAAAUACCUGGUGGUUCACCCUGAUUUCCUCAGAUACAUGAAAAACAGGUUUCUAAAAUCCAAAAGCCUGAGGAGGCCCUACUGGAGGCUGUACAGACCCACGACAGGAGCCUUCCUGCUGCUGACUGCCCUCCACCUUUGUGACCGGGUGAGUGCCUAUGGCUACAUCACGGAGGGGCAUGAGAAGUACUCGGAUCACUACUACGACCUGAGCUGGAAGCGCCUCGUGUUCUACUCCAACCACGACUUCAACCUGGAGAAACGGGUCUGGAAGAAGCUCCACGAUGAGAAUAUCAUGAAGCUUUACCAGAGAUCCUGAGUGCAUGACAAGGGCCAUUGCCUGGGAGAUCUCCACACCUCCUCACUGGGAAUGGAACAGGACCACCAGAGGCUUGCUUAGCUUUGGCCUUCUGGGCACGUUUCAUUCCUACAGAGAUACUUCCCUCCUUCAACACCUCUGUUCUCUCACAGUGUUUCUACCAAUGUGCAAAUGCUGCAGACCAGGAAAAACAGCAAGAAAAUGCAGCACCAGCAACAAAAAAGUCCCACCUGGCUGUGCUGCAAGAGCAUUGGUGAUGGUUGUAGGCACUGAUGCUGGGGGAGGAGGACUCAGGAUAAAUCUGGGUAGCAGGUGGUCCAGUGUCCUGCAUCUUCAUCCAAGCUUUCUCUCUUUGCAAGGAGGUGCUCCUCGGGCUGGAGCUGCUCCAGUUCUGGGUGGAUCUCUUCAAGUGCUGGUGCCCAUCAUAGAGUUGGGUGUAUUGGCUAAGCAAGCUCCCUCAGCAGCCAGUGGAUGGAGCUGGACACACAGAUCCUGUCUUAGGUUGACUUAAUUCCUGAAGGUGCUGCUCUUGCUCUGCUCUCUGCAGAUGGCAGGGAUGGACUGGACACUCCUAGGUGAGAGAGGAUGAGUCUCACUUCUGCUUCACAGCAUGGCCUCGUCAUGACACCACCAAAGGAGCACCACCCUCAGCUCAAGGGCAGAUAAAUGCUCUCUGUGGUACAGCAGGCAUGCAGGACUCAAUGCCUCUCACUCAGGACAUCCCCUCUCCUGUGUGUGAGAGGGUUCACUCCAGGCUGUGUGAAUGUCGUCGUGAUCCUGGUAUGCCAAGUCCAUGUUUAAUUGGGUUCUGGCAUGCUUGGCUCCUGCCUGUGCCUGGAGCACUGUGUUUGUCCUUUAGCUGGGGGAGGUAGGAGCUCUCCAAGUCCAAUGAUGGAUGCUUUCCAUCUUUGCUGCUAGAUGGAGUGCCUAUGCCUCAUCAUACUGAGAGGAGCCCAGUUGCAGCCAGCAAGACUGCCCUUCUGAAGGGGGUUUAGCAGGCAAAAUAAAUGGCAACGUUUUUGGCCAA